GAUUUUCGGAAACGGGCGGUAGUGUGCACCGUCUACAAAAUUCAGGGCCAGCGGAUGAAAGGGUAUAUACAAUACGUGCCUACUUUCCGGAGAGAGCUUCGUGCUGACCCCGGCUUGCCGCUGCCCUGCAGCCGAGCCGCUGUUCUGUCCUGUCCCGGGGACAGGGCUCGGAUGUGUCCCAGCCGCCAGUUCCCGGCCUUCUGCCGAAUCUCCGGGACUGCAGAUUGCGGCGGCUCUUCAACUCGGAGUCCUGACCUCUCCUCUUCCCGCAGCCGCUGCCCGACCCGCUGAGCCUUUGUGUUCCAGCCCCCCACCCAUUCCGUCCUCUGGGGCGGGGGUCUCCCGGACACGGCGUUCUCGGACGUCUGAGCCGGGGCUCGAUGCGCAGCCGGCGAGGAGCACUUUACGGCCACCGACGCUCUCAGCUCCGGCCGUAACGUGUCUCCGGCCCCGGGAAGGCGCGGAUCGCCGCGGAGCCGGUUCCAAACACGACAGAAAGCGGAGGCACCGCCGAGAUUUCAAGGAGCGGGAGAGCCGGGUGCUGCGCCGCUGUCACGUCCCGGGCUGGUCGCUGGUCGCAGCCCCCCGCCCCGCUGCAUGAGCCGCGUCCGGAGCCCGGCGGUGGACCAGUUCUCGGCCGGAGGCAGCGCUCGGGCGAGGAACCGGAGUCUGGGCGACGUCCUCAGCGAUGUCCUGUACAAGCGGACUUGCAUCUCGCGGUCUGCGCCCCGUCUGCGCUGCAGCCUGGAGCAAGGUGCUGACCCGCGGCUGACGAAGAGCACCGAGCGCGUGACGGAUGAAGAUGGAUUUCAGCAGGCUGUGUAUUCGAUGGCGACGUUUCCCUUUCCAAAGGUCAAGGACCCGAGAGAGAAGUACAAUCUGCAGUUAAAGCUUGCUCCUUCAAGCUGUCACCCAGAUGAAUCUACAGAGAGGAGAAACUCAUCAAAUGGGUGUAGCAGCCACUGCAACGUCAUCAUGUCAGAUAGUUACUUACGAGCACAGAAUCCACAGAACUGGCACCCAGCAGCUCAAAGUGAGAAUCGAAGUGCCUGUGAUGUGGUUUGGAGCACGGCUGGCGACAGCGUACCGCAGCGUGAAAGCGGGUUGGGUAACAGCGCGCGAACGGCGGGACCUGUGGUGAAGCAGCAGGACUCCGAAGCGGCCAGGCCCCAGCAACAGAACCAACAACUGACCCCCAAGCAAGACAGCUCUGUUCCCCAGUCUCCUGGGAUACCGUUUAGUUCCAGUAAGGCGAGAGGUAUAAACCAUUUCCUCAGGGACCAAAAGCUGAGGAGCAGCAGCAAAAGCAAAAAUAACCAAGUUCACCAUGCUCCCAGUCCCAGGACAACUCAGGCGGGACAGAAGGAGCGGAGGAACAAGCUGGCCGUUCCUUGGUGUUCACAAAGGAAGAUGUGCCAGAAAGGGCUGGUCCGGAAGUCGAAAGCCAGGUCGGGCUGUAGUGACACCGUCGGUCUGCUUGAGGAGCAGACCGACGGCAGCAAGGCAGAGUCCUCCAAAGGUGACCAUUGCAUCCAUGAAGAAGGCUGGAACACUCCGGGAAUUUGCUGGGAGCAGGACGGGAAAUUCAGCGAACAACUAACAGGCUUCUUAUUUGACGCUGACGGCUUGUCGGGGGUUGAGAGUUUGUUGAAAGCUCUUCGCAUGGUGGAGCAGCACCAACAUUUAACAUCAACAAGACCGACACCGAAGCCAAACCAUUUGGAAUUUUCCACAGAGAAGGAUUUCGCUGCUUUCCCUGAUCUGAAGGAGAGUCCCAUCAACGCUAGUCUUCCAGGAUAUCUCUGCUGCAAGUCCCUCGGAGAAAACAAUUCUGGGAUUUGUAGGAAUGUGACAAAGGCCAAACAUCCAAAAGAGUUUGAGAAGAAAUGCUGCUGACGUGGUGAGGAGGGGGAUGUGGGCGGAUUUCCUUGUAGAUUACCUUGGAAAUUGCAUUGUAAUUGGCCGAUUAUCAACAGCAUGUCUUAAACCAGCUAUUAAA